UUCAUUACCAUUUCGUACUUGCCUCUGAAUUCUCAAACAUUCUUAUCUGCUCCAUUUCUCAUGCCACAAUCUCAGUGAGGCCGAAAAUUUUUGCACCAUGACUGAGAAUACCACCUUCCCAUUGGAAGGAAGUUGCGACUGCCAGAACAUUAGAUACCGCGUGGAAGCCAAACCUCUCAUAGUCCACUGCUGCCACUGGUGCCAACGAGAAACCGGCUCUGCCUUCGCCCUCAAUGCCGUAAUCGAGGCCACCAACAUCACGCGCCUCACCACCGACCCCGAAAUAAUCCACACCCCCUCUCAGUCCGGCCGCGGCCAAAAGAUCGCUCGCUGUCCCAAAUGCCACAUCGCGGUCUGGAGCCAUUACAGCAGUGCCGGACCCCUUCUUACCUUCGUCCGUGUCGGGACGCUCGAGAAUCCAGAUGCCGUUGGGGGUCCGGGGAUCCAUAUUUUCACCAGCACGAAGCAGAAAUGGGUGGUUCUUGAUAGGAGGGUACCGGUUGUGAGCGAGUUUUAUGACAUGGAGGAGAUUUGGUCGAAGGAGAGUCUUGAGAGGUGGAAGGUUUUGCUGCCGGAGGUGGAGAAGUACAGAGCUAGUUUGGCUCCAGUGGAAUCAUGAUUUCCUCGAUUCGGCAGACGGGAUUUGGCAGAGUAGGGAUCUUGUGUCUUGAUAGAUAUUGAACGAAAUGCCACUGAAGGUUGAGUUAUUUUCCUCUGCUAGAGUUUCUACUAGGUGGCUGUGCACAAAAAUACCUUUUCCGGGAACAACUGCACAAGGAUCCCCUGAAAGACUACUCCCCGAACUGCAUAGGCGGAGCGAUAUCACCAAGGCUGCGAAAUACAUUAUAUGGUGAUUUAAUCAGGUAAACC